AACAGUCAAUCGCGAAUGGUACGUCAAUAAUCAUCAAUUAGGACGGUUCCUCGGUGUGAUAUCGUCGAAUACAGGUGUUUUUCGGGAACAGGUGCGAAACGGUUGGUGGUCUCAGGACGGCAUCGUAUAAAACAAAACGACCCAACCUCGUAAUAGCAAGCAGAGUCAAGAAACUGCACCGACCCGAACAUGAUCGUCGCCACUUCGUUCCUGCUCGUUCUGGGACCUCUUUCGUUGACCCUGGCGCUCAGGAUACCACCUAAUCCGUGCCCGGACGUGUUCAGCUACAACAGGGUGAGUUUCGGCAAGGAGGUCUUCGGCCGGGUCCAGAUUCCGUACGACGGCGCAAGCAAGUUGAACUUGCACCUCAACGCGUCUUUCGCCGGCAGUUUCGAACGACCCAACAACGUCCAGAUCAAGUUGACGACGCCGCCAAAUCCGGCAACGUCGGGCUCGACGAAAAAGCUACUCUACAACGUAUACUUCCCUUACCAGGACGUCAUUCCCAGGAUAACGCUAAUUAGGUACAAUGGGAAGGUGUUUUGCGCGGGACCUCAGGAGCCAUUAGUGUCGGGCACGGCCGGCGUGACAAACACGUGGACCAGUCACCAGUACUUUUUUUUCAACGACCGAGGGGCCGCCCAAAACGAAGCCGAACCGCCUAUCGAAUCGGAAAUUGACGCGGCCAAUUUGGACCAAGACAAGUUGGUCCCAGUCGGUGCCGAUUCGGAAUUGGACCUCAAAAGCAAUGGCAAAGAGGGAGAAUGCGGAAUCGCGUCUACCGCCAUCGUCCCUUUGGUGCUGGGCGGGGAGGAACUGUCCGACGGCGUGUUCCCCUGGUUGGUGGCCAUGUUUGUCGUCAAAGGCAACGGAUACGAGUACAAAUGCACCGCUAAUUUAAUUUCCGACAGACACGUGGUCACAGCCGCCAGGUGCGUGCAGUACUACAAAGUACGGAUAGUAAAAACGGAGGAUAUUUUGUUGGUAUUCGGCAAGGCUGACGUGGGUCGGUGGGCCACCAACGGCGCCAUUACGAGGGAGGCGAGCGACGUCCGAACUCACCCCGAAUACGACCAAGGCGGCGCGCACGGAGACGUUUGCGUCAUAACGUUAAACAACGCCGUCGAAUUUUCGCGGAACAUCGCGCCCGUAUGUUUAUGGACGGGCGAAGAAACCCUGGACAAGGUCGUCGGAGACGACGGGUCCGUGGCAGGAUGGGGCGUCAGCAGCGACGCCAAGCGGUCGGUCAGUCCUAACGCGAACUUCGUCAGCGUCCCGAUCGUGGCGACCGACCAGUGUUUGUUCUCCAAUUUGACGUACGCCACCAUCACAUCGGACAUGACGUUUUGCGCGGGGAGAAGGGAUGGUAAAGGGCCUUGCAUAGGCGACAGCGGCGCCGGCUUCGUCCUAAACCGGCACGGCAAGUUUUACUUGAGGGGGUUGGCUUCGUUGACUCUCAGCGACGAGGGAGGCCACUGUGACCUGCGCAACUUUGCUGUAUUCUGCGAUGUGGCGCGGUGCAAGGACUGGAUCUUAAGUGCGAUGCGCAAAUACUCUUAGCUGCUUUCUAUUUCUUCAGCGUACGUCCUAAACGUUUUAACUUCUGAGAUACGGGGAGCUAAAGUCUUCGGGGAAAAACUUUUUUAUGCAUUAUCGAUUCUACAAUCUGCGAGAUUGGAUUGAAAUUUCUUCGAAUGCAAAAAACUGGUGCAGCACUUACAUUUUUGAUCAGGUGAAUAUUGUGUUUGAACAUUAUCGCAAAAACUUGCUUGGUUAAAAAAAUUAAAUUAAGUGUUAAGGAACACCCUGUAUAAAAAUUGAACCUGCCGGUGUGAGAUACUGAUUGGGAUUUAUUUCCAAGGUCAAUGUUGUUUGCAAAGUUUUUUCAAAGACAACGAUUA